CAGUACAGAUAUGAGUGCCUGGCUGCUCUGCUGCUCCCGUGCCCCAGCACUCACUGCCCUGUGAUUUUGGACAACAAGCCUAAGAAGUGGGUUACACAUCCUGUGGUAAGAAACCAAAAGCAACCUGCCUUUAUUGAAUUCUCAAGAACACAGUUGACCCUUUGGUACAUUAUCAAGAUGCAUUAAGAAACUGGAUCUGGUGCCAAAAGAACUCCAUGAGUUUCCAUGACUCUCUUGAACUCCAACGCAGAUACUUUUGGAUAUAAAUUUCUGUUCUAAGGAGAAGAGUGUGUACUCCCAACUCCUUUCUGCCAGCUUGCUGGCAGAGGUAUUUCACUAAGAUCAUGGACCAUCCUAAUAGGGAUAAGGAUGAAAGGCAGCGGACAACAAAAGGGAUGCCAGGAAGGAGUGGGCACAGUUCUCGGCCGAGCUCAUCGGCAUCUUCCGGCGUUCUUAUGGUGGGACCCAACUUCAGAGUGGGCAAGAAGAUUGGGUGUGGGAACUUUGGAGAACUCAGACUAGGUAAAAAUCUCUACACCAAUGAAUAUGUAGCGAUCAAACUGGAACCAAUUAAAUCCCGGGCACCACAGCUUCACUUAGAAUACAGAUUUUAUAAACAACUUGGAAGUGCGGCUGAAGGGCUCCCCCAGGUGUAUUAUUUCGGACCUUGUGGAAAGUACAACGCCAUGGUCCUGGAGCUGCUUGGUCCGAGCUUGGAAGAUCUGUUUGACCUCUGUGACAGGACGUUCACUCUGAAGACGGUGUUAAUGAUCGCCAUUCAGCUGAUCUCUCGGAUGGAGUAUGUGCAUUCCAAGAAUCUCAUCUACCGCGAUGUCAAGCCGGAGAACUUCCUCAUUGGCCGGCAGGGCAAUAAGAAGGAGCACGUCAUUCACAUCAUAGACUUUGGAUUGGCCAAGGAGUACAUUGACCCGGAAACCAAAAAACACAUUCCCUACAGGGAGCACAAGAGUCUCACUGGAACAGCGAGAUACAUGUCCAUCAACACACACCUUGGCAAAGAGCAAAGUCGUCGAGAUGACUUGGAAGCCCUUGGCCAUAUGUUCAUGUAUUUCCUCCGAGGCAGCCUGCCCUGGCAAGGAUUGAAGGCUGACACCUUAAAAGAGAGAUAUCAGAAGAUUGGGGACACAAAGAGAAACACUCCGGUUGAAGUUCUCUGUGAGAACUUUCCAGAGGAGAUGGCCACGUACCUCCGCUAUGUCCGGCGGUUAGACUUCUUUGAGAGACCAGACUACGAUUACCUACGGACCAUCUUCACGGAGCUGUUUGAAAAGAAAGGCUACACCUUUGACUAUGCCUACGACUGGGUUGGCAGGCCAAUUCCUACUCCUGUGGGAUCUGUCCAUGUAGAUUCUGGGACAUCUGCAGUGACAAGAGACAGCCACAUCCACCGGGAUCGACCAUCACAACAGGCCCUUCGCAAUCAGGCAUCAUCGGAUCGCCGAGGAGAGUGGGAGAUCCAGCCAAGCCGGCAGACAAAUACCUCGUACUUGACAUCUCAUUUGGCUGCAGAUCGACAUGGAGGAUCAGUGCAGGUGGUGAGCUCAACCAACGGGGAGCUGAAUGUGGACGACCCAACAGGAGCACACUCCAACGCACCCAUCACAGCGCAGGCGGAGGUGGAGGUGGUGGAGGAAGCUAACUGCCUGAAAAUGCUCAACUUGUGGUGCUGCUGCUUCUUUAAGAGGAAACGGAAGAAGACGGCUCAGCGUCACAAGUGACCAGUGCCUCCUGGGCCUUGCAGGAACCACCACGCCUGCAGCUCCUGCCCUGUCUCACUGGAAGGGACUUCUCUUUAGGAGGGAGGAGGAGGAGGCAUAGGAGGAAGAGAGAAAAAUGAAAACAAAAAAAAACAAAACAAAACAAAACAAAAAACAAAAACCCAAGUGACAUUUUAAACCAAAAAGAGAAGAAAACGUUCCAAAACACCACUCUGGGGUGGAUCUGCUGAAUGGUCUCCCUCAUUCACUCCAAGCCUGAAGCUCCUUUUGGGACCAGGACUGUGGCUGGCUCAGGUCUUGGUCACCCUGGGAGGGGGGCUGGCUGGCUGACCCUCCUUCCCGUUGUUUACGGCAAAGGCAUCGUUGACGCAAACCUGAGGACUGUGCUUAGUUCCUGCUCACUUUCCUCCCCUCCCUCCCCUGCACUCUGCUCCUCUGUCCUCCUCCCUCCUUAAUUAAGUGGAGAAAUUCCAUAGGCUCGAUCGGCUGUGGAGAGGGCAGGAGGAUGUGGGGCAGGCAGGAGAGUUGCUAGGAGAAGGGCCUGACUGCUGCAGCAGGAAGAGACAGGUUCUCUCUGUGGCUCCUUGGGAACAGUUACACUGUAAUGUGCAAGCUGUGAGAAAUUUGCAAUCUACUGUUCCAGUUAGGGGUUUUUUUCAGGCUCCCUUGACACCUCCCUCCUCUGACAGUAACAGAGCAGUGUGGAUUGUUUUAAAGAA